AUGGAUCGCUACACUCAAGUGGAGAUCAAGCAUGGGAGGGUGGCCAUGAUCGCAACUGUUGGCUACAUCAUGCCUGAGAUCUUCCGGUUUCCUGGCUGCGAGGCCUUCAAGCACGGCUUGGGCGCUUUGGAGUCCAUCCCUAUGGAGGGCUGGAUUCAGCUGGUGGCUCUGAUCGGCGCACAUGAAGUGCUGGUGAAGCCUCGGCAAGGUGGCAUGGGCCCCUCGGACUUCGGCUUGGGCACCGAAUUGCUGGACGGCAUCGAGGACGAGGAGCUGGAGCGCAAGCAGACCGUUGAGCGCAACAAUGGUCGUUUGGCCAUGGUUGCCAUCAUGGGACUGAUGGUGCAGGAUGGCAUGUUCGGAGAGCCUCCUCUGAGCUACAUGUCCAAGAAUGGCUGGUGGGGCGAGCCGGUCCAGUGGUACGUCCAGCACAUCAACAACUGCCAGUCCUUCACUGGCGCCGUGGUGGACAAUGCCGCUGUCUGCGCUUUGCCACGCCGCACCGGCCGAACCACGCUCCGUGCUGGCACCAAGUUGAGCGAGGGGCCAUUCAUUGAGACUGAGACCUACCCAAAGGAGAUGGAGAUGUCUGCGUCCGUGCCAUUCCUUCGCUAUCCGCAGGUGUUGAAGGGCUGGGUCGGUGAGGAGAAGGGCUUCGACCCUUUGGGCGUCACCGAUGCUCUCCCCGUCUACUGGGUGCGUGAAGCGGAGCUCAAGCACGGACGCGUCUGCAUGCUGGCCACCGUAGGCUGGAUCGCCACUGACAUGGGCUUCCGCUUCCCAGGCGACAAGUUCCAGGCCGUGUCCAAUGCCUUUGAGGCUCAUGACAAGAUGGUGGAGGCUGGCUACAUGCUGCCCUUCCUUGGUGCUAUUGGCACCGUCGAACUCUACUCUGGAUGGCUCCUCUAUCAGGGCUGGUUGAAGGAGGUGAACCGGGAUGCUGGAGACUUCUUCGUGGGCAAGAAUUUCCUGCCCAAGGAGCCUGAGAAGGAGAAGGACAUGCGAUUGAAGGAGCUCGAGAACGGCCGUUUGGCCAUGUUCGCCUUCAGCGGCAUUGUCACCCAGGCUGCCAUCACUGGCAAGACCUGGCCCUUCAUGUGA